UAGAAACAAACAGUAAAUGUCAAAAAUUUUGCAUGGCUGAUUGAAUUUAUUUCGUAAAAUAAUUAUUAAAUAACAUUAAAAUACAGUAAUGUCAUGUAAUUUAAGCUCUACAAAAUGUUUUCUUAAAGUUAAAAUUCUUAAUCUUAUAUUUUAGUGUUUGUGUGCUGUGUAAUCACAGAUAUUUUAGGCUAAGGAUCUGUUGGAAACUAAACAAAAAUGGAUGUUGUCGGCAGCGAAAUAGGCCAGAAGAUGAGGUCUGCCAUCAAGGCUAAGCUGACUGAAUUGGGCUGCUAUGUUGAUGAUGAGUUGCCUGAUUAUGUGAUGGUAAUGGUGGCAAACAAGCGCACCAGAGCACAGAUGGAGGAUGACCUGCAGCUGUUCUUGGGUGACAACACUGAGCUCUUUGUGAACUGGCUUCAUCAGGUGUUGAAGAAGCUUCAGGAGGUCACUGUUACUGCACCUUUGAAAGCUGAUGUUGAAAAAGAGAAGGACAGAUCUGUGUCAAGAGAAAAAAAAGUUAAAGAGAAAAAAGACAAACAAAAAAAGAGCGAGAGCACAAAGAAGUCCAAGAAGAAAGAAAAGGAAAAAGAAAAAUCUCACAAAAAAGUAGAGAAGAAAAGUCAUAAAAGUAAAAAGAAAAGUAAACAUCAUGAAAUGAUACGGCCGAAUGUACCACCUCUACUUAUGAAUAUUGAGAAAGAAUCUGAACCUUCUAUUACUGAUGUAUUCGCUGGACAGAUUUUGAAAAACCAUGGGGUUUUACUUGAAUCAUAUAAAGAAGAUCCUAAACAAGUAGAGACAAAAACAGUUUUUGAGGAACUAAAAAGACCUAUUAUCCCUAUUAUCGAUCCAGCUACCAUAUCACAGCCUGAAUCAUCAACAGCAAUUGAAAAAAUUUGUGAAAAUACAAAUAAAAGUCCACAAGUUGAAGUUAGAGAUGAGCAGAUAAAGGAAAUAAAUCAGAUUGAAGCAAAAAUACAAGGCCUAAAGCAGAAAUUGGCUGAACAGUUAGAUUCAAUGUCCGAUGAUGAAGACUUCUUAACUAUUAGGACUGAGGCAGAGGAACUUAUGAAUGACUUUGCUGAAGAUGUAUUGCAGGAAAUAUCCCAGCCACCACCAGUUACACCGCCCUUGUUACCCCCAAAAUCUCCCACUCCUCCCAAAAUCGUUGAAACACCUCCAAACCCCCCAGAAGUACCCAAAGAACCAGAAGUCCUACCUCAAAUAGAGCUGAACCUGCCCAAAAGACCGAUUCGUGAAAGGCUUGGUGCAAAGACUCAAGAAGUAAAGGAGAAAGUGGCAACUAAAAAGUCAGAAAGCCCUGAAAGAUUCACACCUGAAAGAGAGAUUGAGUUUCGACCUCAAAAAACAGCAAGAAGUCGCUUGGGUAGUCAGACAGAGUCUCAGAGAAGAGUCUCUGUUUCCGAAGACAGUUCUGAGAAGACAUCCGAGUCCAGUUUUAAAAGACUCACUUCGAAAGUAUCAGUAUUAGAGAGCCGCAGCGCGCGCUCGACUUGCGCGUCCGUAGUGCGCGUGCGUCCUCGCCCGCGCGUGUCGGCGCCCGCGUCCAGCUUGCUCAUGCGCGCCGUGGCGGACGCGCACAAGAGUUUGCUCAGCAUACCGCCCAAAGUGGACCCUGAGCCACAGAAAAUUAAGCGCGCCCUGGUGCUACCGAUGCGGCGCAGUGUUGAGGCGCAGAAGAUCGUGAUACAGGUGCCGGGGGGAAUGGACGCCCAGUCAGACAGCCAGGGAGAUACUAUCAGCCUGGGAGACAUGGACAGCGAAGGAGAGGAGAAGAGUUCAAAAGUGGCAAGUGAUAUCACGGAUAAGGAUGACUAUGUACCAAAAAAUAUCACUAAAGUGAUCACAAACACUGACUAUGUACCAGAAGGCGGAUCUACUCGACAGGAUGACAUGCUCGUGGACCCUAUUACAAUUCAUAAAACAAAAGUGGACAAAGACAAAAGCACUCAGUUCAUAGUGACUAUGGAUGGAUACCAUCCUAACGCGUUCCUCGCUAAGAAGCUAUUGACAGAAGGACUAUUAGACAAGGAUGAUCUAAAAGACAAACCAAAAAAUGUUCCUGCAAAUACUGAACCGAAAGAAAUAGAUAAUAUAAUAAAAAAGGACAGUCCAACCAAAGAACCAAUAGCAGAAAAACCUGAGGAAGUUAAAGGGGUAUUGAUACCAAGUGACCCAAAAAAGAGAUUGAGUAAUACAAGCGCUGAGAGUGACACACAAGUUGUUUUAAAAAAACAGGAUGAGAAGCCAGUCGAAAAGAGAAAAAUCAUAGAAAUAGAGCCCCCAAAAGCAGAAAAGGUUAUAGAAUCUCCGCCCGUCAAAAAGAGAAGAGCAUCGCCUAUCGUAUUUGACGUGGACAAGAAAGAGAAGAAGAAAGAAACGGAAAAAAAGGAGAAGGAAACUGAAAACAAGGAGAAGGAGGUAGUAAGAGAAAGGACUGUGAGCGCUACCAGCGAUAGUCACGUGACUUUGUCCACGAUCUCCAGUUCGCAUAAAUAUGAUUCACUACCGCCAUUAUCGCAAGCGGAACGCAAGCUGGCGUGGUGCCGUGCGUUCCCGCUGUGCCGGUUCGGCUCUGCGUGCGCGUUCGCUCACCCGCGCUGCAAGUUCGCGGCCGCGUGCACCAGGCGCGGCUGCGUGUACUCGCACGCGCCGAACGCGCUGCCCGGCCCCGCGGCCCCUUCGCCUGUCGUUGCGUCUCACGUAGUACCAGCGGCGAAUUACAAGACUAUAUCCACCGGCGCGCUGCCCAGCAUGUGCAAGUUCUACCCCGGCUGCGUGAACCCCGCGUGCCACUUCUACCACCCCAAGCCGUGCCGCUACGGCAAAGCGUGCGGGAACAAGCUCGAGUGUAACUUCUAUCAUCACGACCUCGCCGCCAAGUGGAAAUAUUCCUUAUAAAAUAUAUAAUGAUUGUUUUAGCCAA